AUGGGCGUCAAGUCUGUGCCAAUUACCCCCUUUUCGGACCAGAAAGCUGGAACUUCUGGCCUGCGUAAGAAAGUCACAAUCUUCCAGCAAUCCCACUAUACGGAAUCAUUCAUCACCAGUAUCCUCAAAUCAAUUCCGGAAGGGGUUAAAGAUGCAUUCCUCGUCAUUGGUGGAGAUGGACGCUUCUACAAUACUGAAGUCAUUCAGCUAAUUGCACAAAUUGGCGCUGCGUAUGGCGUGAAGAAAUUAUUGGUUGGCCAAAACGGCAUCCUAAGCACCCCAGCCGCAAGCCAUGUUAUCCGGAAGCGAAAAGCCACUGGAGGCAUCCUUCUAACAGCCAGCCAUAACCCUGGAGGCCCGAAAGCGGAUUUCGGUAUCAAAUACAAUCUUUCCAACGGUGCUCCUGCACCAGAGUCCGUGACGAACAAAAUAUACGAGAUUUCUAAAUCUCUUAGUGAGUACAACAUUAUGGAUCUCCCACUCGUCGACUUGGAGAAUGUUGGAACACAGAAAUAUGGAGACUUAGAAGUGGAAGUUAUUGACUCGACCGCCGACUAUGUUGAAAUGAUGAAGGAAAUAUUUGAUUUCGACCUCAUUCGCUCCUUCUUGAAAAGUAAUAGUGAUUUUAAAAUUCUGUUUGAUGCUCUUCAUGGUGUUACUGGGCCAUAUGGAAAGGCCAUCUUCAUUAAGGAAUUAGGGUUGCCGGAGAGCUGCUGCCAGAACUGCGUUCCGCUACCCGAUUUCGGCGGUGGCCACCCUGAUCCAAAUUUAACCUAUGCGCGGUCCUUAGUCGAGAAGGUCGAUAAGGAAGGGAUUCAAUUUGGCGCUGCAAGUGAUGGUGACGGCGAUCGUAACAUGAUCUAUGGCGCCAAAACGUUUGUGUCUCCUGGAGACAGUUUGGCUAUUAUCUCACACCACGCCAAGCUCAUUCCAUACUUUAAAAAAAAUGGCGUCCAUGGACUGGCUCGCUCCAUGCCCACAUCUGGAGCCGUUGACCUGGUUGCCAAAAAACAGAACCUUCAAUGCUAUGAAGUCCCAACUGGAUGGAAAUUUUUCUGCGCCUUGAUGGAUACGAAGAAAAUGUCUAUAUGUGGCGAAGAAAGCUUUGGCACUGGAAGCGACCACAUCCGAGAAAAAGAUGGCGUCUGGGCCGUUGUUGCUUGGCUUAAUAUUAUUGCUGGUGUCGGCCAGGAAAACCCAGGGAAGCCGGUAAGCAUCUCGGCAAUUCAGAACGAUUUCUGGAAAACAUACGGGCGUACCUUUUUCACCAGAUAUGAUUACGAAGAUGUCGACAGUGCGGGGGCAAGCAAAGUGAUUGAAAACCUUAAAGAAUUGAUUACCACCAAAAAGGACUCGUUCAUAGGUUCAAACGUCUCUGGCCGCAAGGUCACGGAAGCUGAUGACUUUUCUUAUACGGACCUCGAUGGGAGUGUUAGCAAAAAUCAGGGAAUUUUUAUAAAGUUCGACGAUGGUAGUCGUAUUGUUGUCCGCCUUUCUGGCACGGGAAGUAGCGGUGCAACCAUUCGUCUUUAUGUUGAGCGCCACGAAAUGAACGAGAAUGAGUUCUCCAAGGAUGCUCAAGAAUACUUGAAGGAGAACAUUGGCCUUGCUGUUCAGUUACUGAAGCUGAAGGAAUAUGUUGGGAGAGAGGAGCCUACAGUUAAGACCUAA